UUCUGCUACUCUAUCAGAGCAUUAAGAAGUCGGUGGUUGUCGCGGGUGUCGCGAGCGUAAUUCGUUUGUCGACCUGAUAGUCGCCGCUGUCGAUGCUCUCGAGAGAAGGGAGCUCCGGCAUCGCCUGUGUUCACCAUCGCUGUGCAUCCUGAACACUGAGAAAAGGGACACGCUGCAAGAUAACUCCCCGCGGAAUCGGAGUCGAGAAUCCAGAGAAGGAGCGAGCAUUCUUUUAUUUCGUGGAUCAUGCCGGCGAGCAUGAAGAAUGAAGGUGGGACCGACGAGAUACGUCUCAAAUGUGCUUAUAAUGGGGAUGUUUUCGUCAAAUACAUCGGACCGGGUAUCAGCUUGGAACGCUUUCAAAGUGACAUGCGGGAGGUGUGCAGUUUCUCGGAGACGCAGCAGUUCACUGUCAAAUGGGUCGACGAAGAAGGUGAUCCCUGUACAAUCGAACAUCAGGAAGAACUCGACGAGGCGAUCCGUUUGUACGAAGUCAACAAAGAUUCCGAAAUCAAUAUCCACGUGUUCCCAUCGGUGCCGACGUACCCGGGACUGCCAUGCCCCGGCGAAGAUAAAUCGAUAUACCGGAGAGGCGCACGGAGAUGGAGGAAACAAUACCUAGUGAAUGGGCACAUUUUCCAGGCUAAACGUUUCAAUCGGAAAGCAUUCUGUACUUAUUGCAUGGAUAGAAUUUGGGGCUUGGGACGCCAAGGUUUCAAGUGCACGAAUUGUAAACUGAUGGUUCACAAGAAAUGUCACAAGGCUAUCCGUCUCCAAUGUGAUCGGAAAAACGAUGUGGGAGGGUACGACAAUCAGGUUCUGAACGGCAAUACCAUCCCCGACGAAGGAUUAGAUCUCCGACUGGCUCGGACCGGGACCGGCUCGAGGGGUCAGAGGAGACAUCUCGUUCAUGAUAGCGGAGAUGCCCAAGAGAUCGAUGACCCAAUCAACGAUGUUCGUCCCGACGCGCAGGGCGGAGUGCGGGGUCAAUACUCGCUGAAUGACUUCGAACUCAUACGUGUUAUUGGUCGCGGCUCCUACGCCAAGGUUCUGAUGGUCGAAUUGAAAGCGACUCAGAGGAUCUACGCAAUGAAAAUCAUCAAGAAAUCGCUGGUUAACGACGAUGAGGACAUAGACUGGAUACAAACUGAGAAGCAUGUUUUCGAAACGGCUUCGAAUUAUCCCUUCCUCGUGGGACUGCACUCCUGUUUCCAAAAUGAAUCUCGCUUGUUCUUCGUCAUCGAGUUCGUCAGGGGCGGAGACCUCAUGUUCCACAUGCAGCGCAUGCGAAAACUCAACGAGGAUCAUGCCAGAUUCUAUGCGGCCGAAAUUUCAUUGGCUCUACAUUUCCUACACGAAAGAGGGAUAAUAUACAGAGAUCUGAAGUUAGACAACGUGCUUUUGGAUCACGAGGGCCACAUCAAGCUAACUGAUUACGGGAUGUGUAAAGAAGGCAUCAAGCGAGAGAAUGACUUCGCAUCUACUUUCUGUGGAACCCCGAACUACAUAGCCCCGGAAAUCCUCCGUGGGGUGGAUUAUCGCUUCAGCGUCGAUUGGUGGGCGCUUGGAGUACUUCUGUAUGAAAUGCUUGCGGGGCAUUCGCCCUUUGAUAUCAUAGGUCAAUCGGACAAUCCGGAUGAGAAUUGCGAAGAUUAUUUAUUCCAAGCCAUCCUCGAAAAAACCAUCCGAAUCCCACGGUCAAUCUCCGUCAAAGCGCAGAGUGUAUUGAAAGGUUUCCUCAACAAAAACCCAGCAGAGAGGCUCGGCUGUCACAGCGUCACAGGUUUCACGGAUAUCCGUAUGCAUCCGUUUUUCAAAGCUAUCAAUUGGGAGCUCCUCGAACAGAAGCAACUGACACCCCCUUACAAGCCGAAACUCGAUACGGAUUUCGAUUUUGAACACUUUGACCCGCAAUUCACGUCGGAGCCGGUUUGCUUCACCCCCGAUGAUCCAAAAAUUAUCGGCAAAAUCGACCAAUCGGAGUUCGAAGGCUUCGAAUACGUUAAUCCCCUCCUGAUGUCUAUGGAAGAUUGCGUCUAACCUCUCCGAGAAAAUAGACCUUGUUCAGUUCCUCUUCUGGGAAACGGUCGUCUACAGCUUUCGUGUGGAAUCGGACUCCGGAUUUUUGUCCUCUUCGAAGUAGUUUCGCACGUGCUAUUGCGUCGAUUGUGAGCAUUGUUCUGACUUGAUAAUCAGGAGUCCGAGCGUUGUCGCUCGGUAAUUCGGCGACCAGACGCGCUCGCCGACCAGAGGGUGUCGAUUUCUGACGGGGAAGUCUUCUGAAAUCGACCUGAUCUACGUCGCAAGGCGGCAUCUGACGGCUGUACCCGAAUACCCUCUCUGUGUAUGACGUGAAACCGCUGAACGAAGUGUAAGUUUUGUACAUACCAGGAUGCGAUGCCCAGCGGCUAGAGAAGGGCUCGCCUGACGGUCGGCGUCCCCAUCCUCAAUCUGAAUAACGAUUUUGAAAGGGCUUGAAAUGUUCUGAGCUGAUUGAUUAGUCGAAGGAAUCUGUUAUCGAGCUCGUUUAGAGCAACAGUAUCGAUGGAAUAAAGCUCUGCUCCUAUAUU